AGCCUCAACGCUCGGCGCUCGAGGGCGGUGUUCGCGGCUCAAACGGGGGGGCGGAGCCAAGAGCCAAAAGAGGAAAGCCAGAAUACACAGCUUUUGUGAUUUUGGACUACAGUUCUAACAAGGGAGCAGGCUUGGAUUAUCCUCGGUAGCACGGGUCGCUCACAGGAUCACCUUUACAGGCCUGAGGAACCCUGGCCCUGCCGGAACUCUGCUUCUCCACUCGGUCGGCUAGCGGAGGACCUGGCCCCGUUCUCCCCCGCCAGCCCUUCCUAAAGAACCGAGGCACUUGCCCCCGCCCCCUGCGCGCCUGCGCACUCGGGCCGCGGUAGGCGCGCUGGAAACCCGCAGACUUGAGGGCUCGGGGGUUUUCAGAGCCGGUGGCAGGGCGAGUACGUGGAGCCAGGCUCUGCUGUGGUCGCGGCUUUUCUGAAGGAAACGUGUACGGGAAGGGCCAGAUUCUGCGGACCGGAGCGGGGGUGGGUCCUGGGGACUCGGCCUACUAGGCGAUUCCUCUCGAGUUUGGAGACCCGGAUGGGGUGGGUUUAAACUCGUGCGGCAAUAACGGUGCGGGGCCCGGUUUGUGGGCGCGGCCUAUUAUGCAGUGCGAGACCCUGCGGUCCUACGCACCUCGGUCUUCUCCUCAACCAUCAAGGCCCGGCCGCAGAAGGCAGUUGGAGGUGGAGCCCCAGAAUAAAGGUCCGCUGCAAAACGCUGGAGCUAGAUUCAGGGCUGACCUCUGAGGUCCGGAGGACCCGCUGGACAGAGGAAGACGCAGUGGGCCGUCCCACGGGGUGAGCAGUAGCGAUGUCCGAACUACAGCGUACCCAGAGCUGCGAACCUGGACACGGCCCGGCCAGUCUCCAGAGAAGGCCUUUGAAGUGAAACGAAUCGCUGCCGCGCCUCGGAAAGCCAGGUUCUGUGUUUAGGGAGGCCAGCCACAUUCCUGAGUCUUAGAAAGAAGUUCUGGGUCAGAUGAUGUAACAACCAUUUCUCAGCUGGGAAAGUGGGAAUGGAGGGAGAUGGAUCUGCUCAUGACAGGCCUGGGCAGCCCAUGCUCAGGUCCAACUCAGCCUCGCUGGGCUCUAGCUUCUGUGGACUCUACUUCUCCAGCAAAUGACCUUUGAGGAAAACUGACCAGUUUUUACAAUCUAAAAUCAUGGCUCAUCAUUUGGUGAUGUUCAGAGAUGUGGCUGUAGACUUUUCUCAGGAAGAGUGGGAAUGCCUGAACUCAUAUCAGAGGAAUUUAUACAGAGAUGUGAUAUUAGAGAACUAUAGCAACUUGGUGUCAGUGGCAGGAUGUUCCAUUUCUAAGCCAGAUGUGAUUACCCUACUAGAGCAAGGGAAAGAACCCUGGAUGGUUGUGAGGGAUGAGAGAAGAAGAAGGAGCCUAGAUUUAGAAUCCAGAUAUGACACUAAAAAGUUAUUUCAAGAAAAGGAUAUUUAUGAAAUGAAUUUAUCUCAGUGGGAGAUAAUGAGAAGAAUUAGAAGUUGUGGCCUUGAAGACUCCUUUAUCAGAAAAGAUUAUAAAUAUAAAAAGUUUGAGGGACAAGAAGGUCCUCAAGAGGGAUAUUUCAGGCAAGUGAAAAAAAUGCCCAGUUACAGAAAACUCACAUCUCUUACUCUGUAUCAGAGAAUUCAUAAUAGAGAGAAACCCUACGAAUGUGGGGACUGUGGGAAGGCCUUUAGAGUGCGCCAACAACUUACUUUCCAUCAGAGAAUUCACACUGGUGAAAAACCCUAUGAAUGUAAAGAAUGUGGAAAAGCCUUUAGACAGUGUGCCCACCUUAGUCGACAUCAGAGAAUUCAUACUUCUGACAAACUCCUCGAAUGUAAAAAAUGUGGAAAGAUCUUUACAUGUGGUGCAGAUCUUCGAGUACAUCAGAGAACUCAUAUUGGUGAGAAGCCCUAUGAAUGUAAGGAAUGUGGGAAGGCCUUUAGAGUGCGAGGACAACUUAAUCUCCAUCAAAGGAUUCAUACUGGUGAGAAACCCUAUGAAUGUAAGGAAUGUGGGAAGACCUUUAGACAGUAUGCACACCUUACACGACAUCAGAGACUUAAUAUUGCUGAGAAGUGCUAUGAAUGUAAGGACUGUGGGCAGGCUUUUUUGUGUAGUACAGGCCUCAGAGUACAUCACAAACUUCAUACUGGUGAAAAACCCUAUGAAUGUAAGGAAUGUGGAAAGGCCUUCAGAGUGAGACAACAACUCACUCUCCAUCAGAGAAUCCAUACUGGUGAGAAACCCUAUGAUUGUAAAGAAUGUGGGAAGACCUUUAGUCGUGGUUAUCAUCUGACCCUCCAUCAGAGAAUUCAUACUGGUGAGAAACCUUAUGAAUGUAAGGAAUGUCAAAAGUUCUUCCGUCGUUACUCAGAACUUAUUUCACAUCAGGGUAUUCAUAUUGGAGAGAAACCCUAUGAUUGUAAGGAAUGUGGGAAGACCUUUAGACUGUUCUCACAACUUACUCAACAUCAGAGUAUUCAUUUUGGUGAGAAACCUUAUAAAUGUAAGGAAUGUGAGAAGACUUUUAGACUGCUAUCACAACUUACUCAACAUCAGAGUAUUCAUACUGGUGAGAAACCCUAUGACUGUAAGGAAUGUGGAAAGGCCUUUAGACUUCAUUCAUCCCUUAUUCAACAUCAGAGAAUUCAUUCUGGUGAAAAACCGUACAAAUGUAAGGAAUGUAAAAAAGCAUUUAGACAACAUUCCCAUCUUACCUACCAUCAGCGAAUUCAUAAUGUAACUAAAUAAUUAUAGGAAAGCCUUCCACUGUGAAUUUUGUGUUAAGGGGCAUUAAAAGAUAAAUUCUAGGGGAAGUUUUUGAAUAUAGGAAUCCCUUUUGCUUCAUGCUUACAGCUAAGCUAAAUAAGAGGUUUUAUUUGAAGGAAAGGAUAUAUUAAUUUCAUGAAUUUAUAGAAGCCUUUCCUCAGCAUUAAAAACCAUGUUAAACUUCAGGAAACUUGUUCUAGAAAGAAACUCUUAAAGGAGUAAAUAUAGAAGAGCUUUUGAUCUUAUUAUAUCACCUCUAUCUUCCCAUCUUCUUCCCAUCUGUAUAAUAUACAUACGGAGGUUGCUAGGACACUACUCAUUCCAAAAAUGAUAAUUGAAAGGAAAGUCAUUUAGCCUGCAUUUCCUAUUGAACUGUAUUUUAGGGCAACUAGAAGUUGAUGAGUUAAAGUUCUUUUGUUAGAGUUUUGCAGCACACAAUGAAAUAAUGGAUCUAGGCACAAUUCUCAGUAAAGGUUAAGACCAGUGUAGGUACCCACUGAUCGAUUUUAAUCUCAUGAAAAAUAGGAAAAAACACCUUGUGCCCCCUAAUGUGUUACAAUAAGGCUUAUGCAUCUUGCCCAAAAAUAUUGAACCUGAAUCUAAGCAUCAAGAUCUAACUUCCACUUUAGAGAAAAUUUAGGGAACAGAAGAACAUGACACAAGAAGCAGUUAAACUAAUCUAAAAUGUGGGUAAUUCUACAAGAGGAAUAACCUGGGUUCUCAAACAAUAAAAUGGCACUGAAAAAGGGGAGGCGGAACUCUCAGAUAUUAAGAGAGUCUGAAGAAAUGCAUACCAAUCAAAUGCAAUGAAUUAGAUUCACAAGUUGAACAAACAUGUAAAAAGGACAUUUUUAUGACAAUUAGGGAAAUGGGAGUAUUGACAGUAUUAGAUAAUAUUUAAAAAUUAUGUUUUUGUUAGGUGUGAUAAUAGCAUCGUGGUUAUGUAAAAAGGUAAGUUUAUACACAAGAUGAUAAUGAUGUCUGGAACUUUUUAAAAAUGCUCAUGCAAAAGGAAAAUAAGGAUGGAUACAAAGUAAUGGUAAGAUGAGUCUUGGGUACAUGGUUUUUGUUUAUUUUGUUUUUGCUAUUUUCUCUACUUUUAUGUAUUUCAGUUUUCCCGUAAUAUUAUUUUAAAGGUAAAAUUAGCUAUGGAAUUAUAACCCAAUUGAAGUAAAUGAUUUUUUUUAAAUGACUACAUAUCAAAAUUUGUGGAUGUUGUCAAAGCUCUGCACAUUGGGAUAUUAAAUAUGCUAUACCAUAUUUGGGAAAUAAAAAUCGAGGGUCCAGAUUUUAUCUAGUUCACCUAUUGCUACCUCUGUUAUCAUGCCUGUCCCACAGUACUUCAUAUGUUUAAAGAAUGAGUUUAAAAAGCAAUUACUACAACCAAAUAUGGAAAUUAAUGGAAUAGACCUUCAUUGUCUAAUAAGAUAGUUGCCAGCAGUAUGUUGAGCACUCAAAAUUGAGCACUUGAAUUGUGGCUAGUUCGAAUUAAAAUGGUGGUAAGUGUAAAAUACACAUGAGGUUUUGAAGAUUUAGUUUUUUUAAAAGAAUGUAAUAUAAUCUGUUUCUCCCAACAUUUCUCUGCUGUGAUACUCAGUGGGUUGCAUUAUUACAUAAUACAGAACCCAAUUUCAGUGUCUUUCUGCUCCCAAGUAGCAUGUUUGAAUACUGAGGUCUUGGUUCUACCCUGAGUCAUGCUUCCCGCCCCUCUCAUGAAACACAGGUAACCUGUGUUUGCAGCUGAGUAGUUUUCUCAGACUGUUUUUAGCUCGUAGAUGUUUUGGGAUCCCAAGGCCCUUUCACCCUGUACUACGUCUGUCCCAUUAAGUUCAAGCUUGCAAUGCUGCAAGUAGUACACUUGUCUUAAAAACUGUAUUUUCAACGAAUUUUAUUAGGGUUCACUCAGACAAAAGAUCAACAGGCUUUUUUCUCUGUAUUGGGCUCCCUAUGAGGCUGCUGUGGAAAAAUGACUGAAAUUCUUAGAAGCCCUGUUGUAUCACAGAAAGGAUAAUAACGUUCAUCCUUAUUCUGAGACUACAUUUGGAGGACAGUACCAUAUAUUUGAUUUUUUUUUCCCUCUCAGGCCCAAUCAUAACUUUGAAAACACUUUGCUAUCUGGAAACACUGCCAUGGAACCCUUUAUAUAUCCUUGAAAUUCUACUUGAAAUAUGCACCAGUUGAUAUAAUGAGUAAAAUGUGAUUUUUCUCUUUUCCUCUGUUACGAUGGAUUAUCUUCAAUGAAUUUCCAAAUAUUGACCAAGCCUUACAUCACUGGAAUAAACUCCAUUUGUUUGUAGUGCAUACUUCACAUAUAUGUAGUGCAUAAAUAUAUUGCUGGAUUUGCUGUGACUGCUAUGAUGUGCUAAUAUUUUGUUGAGGUUUUUUUUGUUUUGAGGAUUUUUGCAUCAGUGUUCAUGAGGAUUACUGGCCUGUAGUUUUCUUUUAUUCAACUGUCUUUGCCUCAUUUUGCUAACAUGGUGACGGAGGCCUCGUAAAAUGGGUUUCGAAGUAUUGCCUCCUUUCAGUUUCUGGAAGAGGUAGUGUAGAAUCACUAUUAUUUAAAUGUUUGGUAGAAUUUUCCAGUGAAACCAUUUGGGCCUUGAAAUGGACUGAAUGUAUCCCCUCAAAAUUCAUGUGUUGACAUCCUAACCCCUAAUGUGAUGACAGGAAGUGGAGCCUUUUGGAGGUAAUUAAGUGAUGAUGAUGGAUCCCUCCUGAUUGAGAUUAGUCCCCUUAUCAAAAGGAUCCCAGAGAGCUCUCUUAAACUUUUCUGUCAUGGGAGGACACAAGAAAAUGGCAGUCUUUAUUUUGGAAGAGGGUUCUUGCCAGAAACUGACCGUGCUGGCACACUGAUGUCAGACUUGCAGCCUCAAGGAGUGUGAGAAAUUUGUUUAUAAACCACCCAGUCUAUUGUACUGUAUUAUAGCAGCCCAAAAUGAGUAAGACAAAAAUUGGUACCAGAAGUGGGGUGUUAAUGUAACAAAUACCUAAAAAUGUGGAAGUGGCUUUGGAAUUGAAUAAUAGGUAAGGGCUGGGAGAGUUUUUAGGUGCAUGCAAAAAAUAAGGACAUUAAUGGUGAUUUUGAUGAUGCUCAGAAAAGAAAGAGCUGAAAGAAAACUUCAAUCUUAGAGAAUAUAUUAUUGACAGAAUGUUGGUAGAAAUACGGAUGUUAAAGGCAGUACUGAUGAGGUCUCGGAUGGAAGUGAGAAACAUGUUAUUGGAAACUGGAGGAAAGGCAGUUGUUUUUAUAAAGUGAAAAGAACUUGGUGAAAUUAUGUUCCGUGUAAUGUUUUGUGGGAAGUAGAACUUGUGAGUAAUGAAAUUGAAGGUGUGGCUUGGCUCCUUCUGGCUGAUUAUAAUAAAAUGUAA